AUGGCCUCAUGCUGCUCCACUGCUGAAGCCAACUCCGACGGCCGCACUGCCCUCCAUCUGGCAGCCCUCCACGGCCAGCCCGACGCUGUCCGUAACCUCCUCGACGCCGGAAUGUCCCCCUCAACCCCAGACAACAACGGCCAGACUCCCCUCCACAUCGCAGCCCAGGGCUCCUCCCCGGAAGUCGUCGACCUCCUCCUGGAGACAGACAAAACGGGGGUUAGCUGUUCCGCACGCGACAACCACGGGCGCACCGCCGUGUUCUACGCAUACUCGAAUCCCUGCCUUGACGUCCUCGCGCGCUUUCUCUCCUACGUCCCUGUCUGCGGCACCGGGUGUGCCCUGACGCCGGAGAUUGUGCUCCAGUCGAAUGCGAAUAUAAGCGAUUCCAGUUACUUUGCCAAAGCGCCUUGUGGACCUGCCUCGGCUGCGAAUAAGUGUUGCAUGAAGUCGUAG